AUGGCUAUGUCAGAUGAGGAGUGGGUGUCCCGUCUGAGAAGGUUUGCUGCCUCUGGGGUUUGGCCCUCUGAGGCAGGAAACAGACCAGCACCACGCCAGAGAAAGUGGCACGAACUGUACCUGAAGAUUGAGAAAUGUCCGAUGCAGCUGAGGGGACAGGCCUCUCUGUUUGGAGGGACACAGGCAUGUAGCUGUGGUUUCCAUACAAAGAAGCCUUCCAGCUCUGUCCCUGAGCCUCCACGACCUGAGCCUCCACGACCUGAGCCUCCACGACCUGAGCCUCCACAUCCUGGGCCUCCACAACCAGGUCCCUCAGCAGCGUCGUCUACACAGACAGAGCGGCCACGAACAUCUGGACUAGCAGCAACAUCUGGGCAGACACCUCGGAAGCCUUCUUUGACUUUGGCAUCGUUUAUGAAGCCAAGGUUUGGAGGGUCUCGUGGUGUUGCCUUAACGCCCAACUUAAGUUUGGCUGGGAAGCAUGUUAGCAAGGUCUCUAGCUCUUCUCCCGCUUCGACUAUGCCUAGCACUGUUAUAAGUGCCACGGCAAGCAGACCACAGUCGCCUGCCCGCAGUCCAAGGACAUUCAUCCAGGCUGUCUCUCCUCUCUCUCUUCCUCCCUCGCCUGUGGCCACAAGCACCUCCGCUGCCUCUGUUCCACCAGCUACUGCUAGAGCUGAAGCAUCAGCGUCCUCCUCAGCUCAUCUCAUCCCUCUGUCCUCUGUGCCGACCUCUGUGACCUCCGUUGAUGUCCCCUCCACUGCUCCAUCUCAGACUGGUUGCUCUGAGCUCACCACACCUGACCCUCUGCACACUCAAACAGCAGGAGAUGUGGAGACUCCUGCAGGUUCUGAGCCGUGCUGGCUCCCAGCAGAGAUGAAAAAGAACAUACCUGUUCAGGACCAGAAAUGGAUUUCCGCAGCCAUCUGGAAAAACCAGCGACUGCGCACAGACCUGAAACUCUGGUAUGCGCCACCAGAGCCAGCGCUUAUUUAUCAUCAGGCCCCCACUCCAGAACGUUUUUUCACACACAGACUUCUCUUAUGGAUGCCAUAUCACCUGUGGAAGGUGAAGCUGUACUGCCCUGCAUGUGGGAAACAGCUCACAGGUGCUGGAGCACACAAGAGGGCUCGCAAGGUCUUGGACAUUGACAGGUAUUACCUGUUAAUUACAGAGACACUGAGAUGCAAUUCCGUUGGUUGCAGGAUAAAUUACAUAUCCUCCAGCAAGACUGUCCUGGACCAACUUGAUAUGGCUCACAGGAUGGAGUUCAGACUCAUCCUGACUCAGAAAUUUGCAUGUGACAUCCGUGUCAUAAGAUUUUUGAGGGAGAGGACACUGGGUAACAGCCCCACCCGCUUGGUUAAACAGCUGAAAGAAAACCACAGCGAGGAGUGGCUCAAGCGCCUCUGCCGAUACCUUGGUGCAUGCUCUGACUUUGUAGCACAGCCAAGCUUGCUCCCUGUCAGGUUUCAGGAGCCCCCUGACCCAGUAGCUGUACCAAGUCACAGGUGGAUGUUGGCUGUGUAUGGGCGAGAUAUUCUGAGCAGACUUGACCACAUAAAAGCCAGCAUAACAUCCACCUUUGGUAGCAUACUCAAAAUGGACUCAACAAAAAAGAUAACCAAGAAGCUGUCAGGCACUGCCAAAGGGACCGGACUAUGGCUCACAUCAGUGAGUAAUGAGGUGGGCCAAAUCCUCAUCAGUGUCCUGACUGCUCAGGAGGGUUCCGGGCUGGACCUCAUGGCUGCAGACCUGAUCCAAAGGUACAGUAAUGCCGGAGUGGCUCCUCCUCAGCUCUUGUACGUAGACACUGACUGCUGCACAGAGCAAGGAGGACAAACUAAGCUCAAAGAGAGGUUUGGUGGGUGGCCGCAUGUAGUUGUUAAGCUUGACAUCUACCACUUCAUGCGGCGGCUGGCAUCAGGAUGUACCAAUGAUGCACAUCCCCUGUACCCCACCUUUAUGGCCAAGCUGUCAUGCUGUAUCUUUGAGUGGGACAGCAGUGAUGUAGCACUGCUACGGAGAGCCAAAAGGGAGCAGCUGAGGAGAGAUGGUGUCCCUGGUAUCACUGACAAAAUAGUGGACCAGCAGAUUACCAAAGAUGACCUGGCUCUGCACUGCAGAAGGCGGACAAGAGGGGAGGUGCAGACUAUCCUCAUGAUCGAGGCGCUGCUUAAUGAGCUGAUGGGUGUGAAGGGCAGAGACCUUCUUGGUGUCCCACUCUUGGACCAGGAGAGGAUGCAGCACAUUUGGAGAGUCCAGAAGAGGCAUGUAAAAUGCAUUCAGGACCAACCAGGUGUGCUCCUGUACACUGAGACAGGGAGUACCACCACCAAAGAGGGAGUUAUCCUCCCUAAAUACAGGUGCGCCAGGGGGUCAACAUCACUUGAGUCCUUCCACUGCCAUCUUCACAGGUUCAUUCCAGGAACGAGCGCAAACAGUCUGAAUUUUCAGCUGUACCUCCUGGAAGGCCUUAAUAGAUGGAACCAGGACAGAGAAGCUGCUUCUAUGGCAGUCAAGCCACCAUCACUGCUGAGCUACUCAGGGGACCUUGUACAGUGUGUGAACAAUUACAGUACCAAGGUACUUGGCAGGAAGCUCGUCCCAUCUUUUCAGCCUCCUUCUGUGUACACCGGUGAGUUUAAAUAUUCUGUCAUGUGUUCUUACACACAUAAACGAAAUACGUUUAUUUAAUUGCCAUU